CGUACCUGUUUUUUCUGGUCAUGCCAUUUUGGUCGGAAAUUGUCCGAUAUCAAAAUUCGAUGCUUGAAAAAUAAACGUAGCUGCAAGCCAAAAUGUUUGAUUGUUUGACGAAAAAAAUCUCUCCGAUUGUUUCCUGAAGUGCAUAACCGAUAAUGCUGUGAUAGGCCGCGCAUUUCGAGCUUUUGGCAUUUCUAGAUAGCAUUUAGUUGAUUCAAGGUUUUUGAAACAAGAUCGACUAUGAAAUUGGCUUGGAUUCUACGGGAGAAGAUGUUAUUGACUUUUGUUUCUACCUGUUUAUUUUCUGUAAUAAUUGCGGAUAUCAGGACAUUGAGGUGUUCGGACGAGGCACGACGGUUUACGGAAUUCCACAAUGGACUUCUCAAUGCAACAUGUGUCAAGGGCUGCCUAACAAGUUCUGUGCCAGUUAAGGGAUCAAUUGUAUACACUGAUGACUCAAGCAUAUGCAAGGCAGCUAUACACGCGGGAGUAAUCAAUAAUGAUGGAGGAUCAGUGCAGGUUCGCCGCCUUCCUGGACGCAGAUAUUAUUCAUCAACUGUACAUAAUGGCAUUAAAUCAACUCACGCUGACCAUUGGACGCACAGUUUUUCUUUCAAAUUCGAGUCAACCAAGUGUGAACGACCACUGGGACUGCGCUCACACACAUUUGCGGACAGAAAUUUCAGAUCUUCAGGAGUUUUUCUUACGUGGAUGGGCGACUGGCAUUCUUACAAAGCCCGUCUUGAUAAGGGAUCAUUGGUUAAUGCAUGGAGACCAGCAGUUGAUGAUAAAGCACAAUGGUGGCAGGUCGAUCUGGGAGAAAUUUACGAAGUAAGAGGAAUAGUAACCCAGGGAUCUAAAAGAUUAAGAGAAGAACAGUACAUUAAGUCGUUUAACAUUCAGAACAAAAUUUCUGAUCGUUUCGAGUGGCUAUAUGCAUUGAAUGAGACUGGAUUACCUAAGACAUUCGAAGGAAACACGGACGCCGACGGAAGAGUGACCAACAAUUUUUAUCCUAGAUUCGCUGCCAGAUACCUUCGUUUGAUUCCAUUAUCAUGGAAAAAUCAUAUUUCACUGAGGGCAGAAGUAAUAGUUUGUGAUUUGAACCCUGAACCUGAACCAGACAAUGUGAAAUAAAGAGAAUGGGUUAUAGUCCAGAGUUUCCCAAACUUUCUGGGCCGCGGACCCCUAUUUGAGAAUCCUAAUUUUGACGGACCCCCACGCUUUGCCUAUCAAUUCCAGUGCCUUACCAACAAGUAAAGAUAAUGUUUCAAUCCACAACACAGAUGACAUUAAUGUGAUGAAUUAGCUUGCUUCUCACUGCACAAUUUUUCGAUUCUCGGAGCAAUUUGUGACAAGCAAACCUAUAGACCGGGCUGCAAGUCUCUACCUGUAUUUUGUCAUCAUAAUUAUAAGAGUGAAAAUGCUGCAUCACAAAUGUUGGUCGUUGCAAAAGAAUUUUCAUUUGACUUUUCUGACAGCAAUGGAUAUUCGUUCGCGAAGCUCAAGCAAAAAUAUGCAAUUUACCUUUAAUUGAAAUCAAUCAUUAAAUACCGAACAGACUUUACAUAUCGUUGUGGACCCCCUCUGCAGUUGUCACGGACCCCCGCACCACAGUUUGGGAAACCCUGGGUUAUACUGUAAUUUUUGUGGACUGUAGAUAACAUAAAAUAUAACAAAGCAUCUCACAA